CCAUGGAGCGACGCGGGCUGGGGCUGCCGCCACUGCGUGCGCUGCUGGCGCUGCUGCUGGCUCUGGGGGCGCAGGCCCCGCGCGCCUCCGCCACGCCCGGGCCGGCGCUGUGGCCCCUGCCGCUCACGGUGACCUUGACCCCCAACCAGAUGCGCCUCUCCCCGGAGAACUUCUACAUCCAACACGGCCGCGAUUCCACGGCCGGUCCCUCCUGCUCCCUGCUGGAGGAAGCAUUUCGGCGGUAUUAUGAAUAUAUUUUUGGUGUCUACACACGACCUAAGGGGCCUUCAAGAUUUCAGGGUGGAGCAGAGUUACAACAACUUCUUGUCACAAUUGUCCUUGACUCAGAGUGUGAUGCAUUUCCCAAUGUGUCUUCAGAUGAAUCCUAUACUUUAGUUGUGAAAGAACCAGUGGCUUUGCUCAAGGCCAACAGAGUUUGGGGAGCAUUACGAGGUUUAGAGACCUUUAGCCAGUUAAUUUAUCAAGAUUCUUAUGGUACAUUUACCAUCAAUGAAUCCAACAUUAUUGAUUCUCCAAGGUUUCCUCAUAGAGGAAUUCUAAUCGAUACAUCCAGACACUAUCUGCCACUUAAGACUAUUCUUAAAACUCUGGAUGCCAUGGCUUUUAAUAAAUUUAAUGUUCUCCACUGGCACAUAGUUGACGACGAAUCUUUCCCUUAUCAGAGCAUCACUUUUCCCGAGUUAAGCAAUAAAGGAAGCUAUACUCCGUCUCAUGUUUACACAUCAAAUGAUGUCCAUAUGGUGAUUGAAUAUGCCAGAUUACGAGGGAUUCGAGUCCUACCGGAAUUUGAUACCCCUGGACAUACGCAAUCUUGGGGGAAAGGUCGGAAAAAUCUCCUGACUCCAUGUUACAAUGGACAAACACAAUUGGACAGUUUUGGACCUAUAAACCCUAUUCUGAAUACAACUUAUAGCUUCCUUACUACAUUUUUUGGAGAAAUUUCUAAGGUGUUUCCAGAUCAGUUCAUUCAUUUGGGGGGAGAUGAAGUGGAUUUUAACUGUUGGGAAUCGAAUCCCAAAAUACAAAAUUUCAUGAAGGACAAAGGCUUUGGCAGUGAUUUCAGGAAACUAGAGUCUUUCUAUAUUCAAAAGCUUUUGGAUAUUAUUGCAACCAUAAAGAAGGGAUCCAUUGUUUGGCAAGAGGUUUUUGAUGAUAAAGUGAAGCUUCAGCCAGGCACAAUAGUUGAAGUGUGGAAAAACAACAGGUAUUUUGAUGAAAUAAGUAAAAUCACAGCAUCUGGCUUCCCUGUAAUCAUUUCUGCUCCUUGGUACUUAGAUUUAAUUAGUUAUGGACAAGACUGGGAAAAAUACUAUGAAGUGGAACCUCUUAAUUUUGCAGGUAGUCAAGAACAGAAACAACUUGUCCUUGGUGGAGAAGCUUGUCUAUGGGGAGAAUAUGUGGAUUCAACUAACCUCACUCCAAGAUUAUGGCCUCGGGCGAGUGCUAUUGGUGAGAGACUCUGGAGUCCCCAAAACGUCAGAGAUACAGGCAAUGCCUACAGGAGACUAACGAUGCACCGCUGCAGAAUGCUCAGGCGUGGAAUAGCUGCACAACCUCUUUUUACUGGAUAUUGCAACGAAGAUGACAACAUGUAAAAAUGAGCUGAAACAAAUAGAAGGCACAGCACUCUGUAUUAUAAUCAACUUGCUUUUAAAAUCAUGUAAAUUAAGAUUUGUUAGACUUUUUUUGAAUAAAUUUUUAUUGAUUGAA